AAGCUUCUAAUGGUGAUUCGCUUAGAUCCAUGUCCAGUAGUCCUACAAACAGCAGUCCAAAAUCACCAAGUCCACGGGUGCCCAUUCGCCCGAGAAAGAAAGCUGCUCCAAAAGCUCCUUCAUCACAGUCUACGAAAAGCAUGAUUACUCGUUCCCUGUCUUGUGGAGGCUUUCAAGCUAAUGUUUUAGCUAGAGCAAACACAGUGCAUAAUAACAACAAACUUUAUCAACAUAGUGUUUCUCACGAAGAUCUAUUGAAGGCUAAUUACAAUGAAAUACCAUUUUCUGAUAAAAUUGCUAAAGGCUCAGAUGAAACAGCUACAGUGGAAACAAAUCCACCAGUUUCAGUAAAUAAUCGUCCAAAAUCUAGGCCUAAACCUCCCAGGCACCAUAGGAAUGGUUUACCUCCUGUAGCUGAGAGAACCCACAAAGUUAUUGAGAGACCAUCAGUGCCACCUCCAGAAAGGCCAGAUUCUUAUGCUAAAAGUGAUUCUGUCAGUUCUGAAGAUGUUUUUAUAGAUAAUGAUAAAGCUUUAGAUUUAGAUGACAUCAGUAUUUCCCUCAACAGCUCUGGUAGUGAAACAUAUAAUGAGUGCCAAAUGUCUUUCAUGGAUGAAUCAGAUAAUGAAGAAAGGUUCUCAAAAUCAGCCACAAAGAAUGAAAGAAAUUCAAUCACGAAUGAAGAUCAUAGAGAGCUAAAUAAUAACAAAAGUGAAGUUUUUGAAAGUCUUAAUGGCCACAGUAAAAGAACAAUCAGUUCCAACAAUAAAAAUCUAACCAUUAAUGGAACAUCCAGCUCUGAAUUUGUAAAUGGAAUUUCAAAUUCUAAAAAGGUUCCAGUAAGUGUUGUAAAUAACACUGAUUAUGAAGUAAAUGAUAGUAAUGUCCAGGUUAAUGAAAAGAACUCGAAUUCUUUCAGUGUAGAUAGCAAUGUUGCAAAUGGAUGCCAUUUUACAGGUGGAACACCAACAUGGUUUGAACAUUAUGGGGAUGAUAAGCGUCAAUCUACAUUAUGGUUUAGCAAUCAGGAAACAGAUGAAAUGACGUACUAUAACAAAGCAGAACUUGAAGAAAUUGAUAGAUUUGAAUACAAUGAAGAUGCUAGUCAGUGUGAAAAUUUCCGUACAAUAAUAGAAGUAGGGAGCACUAGUGAAAUCUUCUCUUCUUCAAAGAAUGCUUUAUAUCAAUCCACAGUAUCUGGAACUGCCAUAAAAUUAAGAGUCAAUAGUGAAACUCAAGAUACAAGGCUGUGAUUAUUUUUUUUUAAUGUAUGCAGUUUUUGAUUACUGUUUUCUUAGUGUUUAUUGAAAUUUUGUUUAUUGGAUUGAAGAUUUGUUAAAUGUGAUACCUAGUCAAAUACUGAAAUUAUGAAUGCUGUAUUUACUCCUAUGAUAAUAUACAACUACUUUUUAUGACUAUAUUUGCAACAAACUGAGUUUGAAGUAAAUACCUUUUUAAUUGCUGUUUUUAAAAUUCACAUAAAACUAAUGACAUUCCAUGAUAUUUUAACUAAUAAAUUAGAUUUCAGUAUGGGGAAUAUAAUAAAAUUUCAUGUUUUUAAUCUGAAUCACUGAAUCUAUAUCAGUACUGCAGUUUUUAUUGAUGUACAAGGUGCUGCUGCAAUUUAUUUAAAAAAUAUACUUGUUGUUAAAUUUAUUUUUUAAAAUUUAAAUAAAAACUUAAAUUUUUUAACAUUUAAAAAUACUUUUCCUAGUCACAUCCUUAAAAAAUAUAUAUUUGAUAUGAAUAUAAAGAGAUUUUGAAAGAAGCUGUUCAACUAAUUUUCGAUUGAAGAGAUGUUAUUUUCUGAUGCAGUGUUCUAAACAGAAAGCUUUGUAUUUCAAUUUGUAAAUAAAAUAAAACUUUAUAUAUAUUAUCA